AUGAAGGAAAAGCAACUGAAAAUAGCAGAAUACAAACGGUUGAAGGAGAUGAAUGAAGAAUAGGAAUGCAGCAAAUAUUCAUUUCGGCCAAAUAUUAAUAAGGAUAGAGAACAUAGAACGGUAGAUCAAUUUUUAGAAGAGGUUGAUUAUUGGAUUGAAAGAAAGAAUGAAUAACUCCAUUUAAUGCAAAAGGAAAAGUAGUAGGAAGAACUGAAAGGUUUGACAUUCAAACCAAAAAUUAAUAAGAAAUCUCAACGAAUAAUUUCUGAUUAGAAUUCAUCUCUACUUCAAAGAUGUUAAAAGAGCCAAAUUAAUAAACAGAUUAAUAGUGAGCAUCAUUUGAUUGAAGAAUUGAAAAAGACUCCCUUCUGUCCUUAAUUAAAUGCAAAUUCAAUUAAAUUAGCAUCUCAAAGCAAAACACCUGAACGAUCCAUCUCUCCAAAUUUGAAAUAGCAGUACACUCCCAGAAUUAUAGGAAAAUCAACAUCAAGAACACCACAUAAGACUGAAUAAAGAGUAUCAACUUAGGCAGCUACACCUCUCAGAUAGAACUAAAAAGUUUCAUAUCAUAAGCAAACGAAUUCAAUGGCAAGCACAACAGUUAAUUCUAACAAUAAUAGCAAGAAAGCAGUAUUGCCAUUAUAAAAUGUGACAAAUCAUAUGAAAUUUAUAGUAGAUUUAGUUAAUAAGACUCCUCCUAAAGGAUUGUUUUGA